AAAGUCUCAUCAUCAAAUUGUGUUGUGCAGUAGAAGAGGAUAAACGUAUUUAUUAAUUCAGAAAAAGUUAAAUUGUGAAAAAGUGAUAGUUUAGAAAAUCAAGAAAUCUUAAUCAUGAAUAAUAUUAAAAAUACAGUGGAUAUAAAAGUUUAGUGAAAUAUUAGAACUUUUUAAAGAGUAACUAAUAACUUAAAAGAUAACAAGAUAAAAAGAUUGAAUUUUAGCAAAAUUGAGUCAAAAAAAGUGGAUUAUUUUGAUUUAAAAUAUAGAAAAAUGGGAACAGGUGAUAGAUUGCUAGACAUUCCUUGUAAAGUUUGUGGUGAUAGAAGUAGUGGGAAACAUUAUGGAAUUUACAGUUGCGACGGAUGUUCUGGUUUCUUUAAAAGAAGCAUUCACAGAAAUAGAGUUUAUACAUGUAAGGCAGCCGGUGAACUGAAAGGAAGAUGUCCUGUUGAUAAAACCCAUAGAAACCAAUGUCGUGCAUGUAGACUUUCAAAAUGCUUUCAAUCAGCAAUGAAUAAAGAUGCUGUUCAACAUGAACGUGGUCCACGACGCCCGAAACUUCAGCAAUUGCAUUCUCAAAUGUCACACCAACAGCAUCCCCAUCACCAUACAUACAAUCCAAUGGCGGUUAAUGCACAGUCCUAUAAUCAUCAUAACUUACAAAAUCAUCAUGUUAAUGCAUCACAUUUUACUCAGCUAAAUACAUUUCAGCAACAUUCUGGAAUUUUACAUCAUCCACAGCCGUUGUCGUUUGGAACAUUACUACAUCCAACUCCUAUUAUGCCUGGUUCCGGAAUGAAUCAGCAUUCAUCAUUUCCAUCGAGUAUUGUUUCAAAAUUUUCUGACCAGCCAAAGUUGACUUCAAGUUUCGAUUUUCCAUCAAUCAAUAGUAAUUUUUACAAACCACUUAGUCAUCAAAUUCAGCAACUAUCUCCAACAAAUUCGAAAAGUACUAUAAGUAUCGACUCAUCUUCAGCAUCGAGUGUCUCUGAGAGAAUAAUGAGCCCACACUCAACUGUUGACUCACAUUCAGGAAAUAUUGCUAACACUCCACCACCAGUGUCAUCGACUCCUCCUAAUGUUAAUAAUACUAAUUAUGGUCAAAAUGUUACAUUAUUUGAGCCAAAAGUGUCGGCUCAAUUUUCUGUCUCAUCAACAUCAUCUAUUUCGCCAUUACCAAAUGCUCCAAAUGGAAAUUUAUCGUCAUCAGUAACGAAUCAACAAACCACACGAACUAACAUGCAGAAUGGUUUGUUGGACAUUUUAAUGUGUCCUGAUAAAUACCAAGAAUUGAUACAGUAUCAUCAAGUCCAAAAUUCAAUUAUUUUUCCAUCCUUGCAUCAUGCUGCGUAUCCAAUUGAUGCAUUAAAUCCAAGAUUACCAACGUGGGAGUUUUUGCAGGAAACUACAGCGAGAUUACUUUUUAUGGCAGUUCGAUGGGUUCGAUGUCUAGUACCAUUUCAAACUCUAUCUAAGCCAGAUCAGCAACUUUUGCUCCAGGAAUCAUGGAAAGAACUUUUCCUUUUAAAUUUCGCCCAAUGGAGUGUACCGUGGGAUUUAGCAUCCUUGUUUGACAGUCCACAAGUUCGUGAACGAUUACCAGAUGAUCCCACAACAAAUCUAGAGAUGAAAACAAUCCAAGAAAUUUUAUGUAGGUUUCGGCAAUUAUCACCAGAUUCAAGUGAAGUUGGAUGUAUGAAAGCAGUUAUUCUGUUUUCACCAGAAGCUGCUGGAUUGUGUGAUGUGCAACCCGUUGAAAUGCUUCAAGAUCAAGCUCAGUGUAUCCUUUCUGAUCACGUUCGUUUAAGAUAUUCACGUCAGCCAACGAGAUUUGGUCGUCUCCUUCUUUUACUACCUUCCUUGAGAGCAAUUCGUUCUGUAACGAUUGAAAUGUUAUUUUUUAAGGAAACAAUUGGAAAUGUUCCAAUAUCAAGAUUAUUAAGAGAUAUGUAUUUAAUGGAAAAAUAUAAUAAUAGUCAACAAAAUGCAAUACAAAACGAUAAUAACAACAAUACAAAUAAUAGCAAUGCCAAUAAUGUUAUCAAUCCUGAAGCCUGUUAAUAUGAUUCAUUUUAUUUGUUGAUUUUUUCCACUUUUCAUCAUGAG